AUGCCCCCAGAGAGCCACCGCGGAGUGCUCUACAUCGACGACGCCAACCUGCUGGACCAUGCCCUGGCGCCGCUGCUCUUCGCCCCCACCACUCCCCUCGUAUGCCCAUAUUCCCUCCAUCCCCGCACUCCACCGCACCCCACCUCAUCAGAGAGCCACCGCGGCGUGCUCUACAUCGACGAUGCCAACCUGCUGGACGACGCCCUGGCGGCGCUGCUCUUCGCCACGCUCGCAGAGGGGUGCAGUGCGGUGGAGCGCGAGGGGCUGUCUGUGCGCCACGCGUGCCGGCCGCUGCUGCUGGCGUCGUUCAACCCGCAGGAGGGCGCGCUCAGACGCCACCUGCUGGACCGCAUCGCUCUCAUCGAAGGGGCGCUGAGACGACACGUGCUGGAGCGCAUCGCUCUCAUCGUGAGCACGGAUGCGCCGCUCUCAUUGGAGCAGCGGGUGGCUGCAGCUGACGUGGCGAACGCGUUUUUGGACGGCAGACUGACGGCUGGGGGAGGGGCGAGAGGAAAUGUGGGACCCGAGGGGAAGGCGUUGUUGGAAGAGGAGAAGGGAGAGGAGGGCGAGGAGGGUGAGGAGGAGGAGGAGAGCGUGGAGGAGGGGGUGGAAGCGGAUAGGCUUCGAGUGCUGUUUGCACGACAGCUGCUGCCACGUGUCAGCAUCUCACGGGCCCAGAUUGCAUUCCUCGUGGACGCUGCUGUGCAGCUGGAGUGCGAGCCUCUUAUUUAUCUCUCGUGUUUUCUCCUUCCUUCCUCCUUCCCUCCUCCUACUUCCCCCCUCUCCCGUCCGUUCUCCUCCGUCCAUCCUCCCCCUGUGCCUCCUCCAACGUGCCCCCGCAUCCUCUUGCAGUGUGCUGCACCACGCUGUGUGCAUCUCAUCAACCGCAUACCACACCUUCCACCCCCCACAUACCCCCCUCCGCCCUCCGCCCCGCACGGCCCCCCUUGUUGGUGGUGGCAGGGGCAGCGCGCUGAGCUGUUUGCGGUGCGCGCAGCCAAGGCACUGGCGGCACUCAACGGCCGACCGCAGGUCACCCAGGCCGACCUCGUCCGCGCCGUGCGUGCUGCCAGGGGGAAGGAGAAGUGGGGGGGGGGUGGGGUUGGGGAGAGGGGAGGGGUGUGGGAGCUGGUGGCUCGUUUGGGCUAA